AUGGAAUGCAUCUUCACGCCCCUCUUCCUAGAUUCGUUUCUGGACAGGGCCCUUAUAGCAUCCACGGCGAAUCCUCCACCAACGUCCCAAGCAUAUCAUUCCGACAUGGAAGCAGCGCCUCGCACAGGUGAUAUCCAAAGCAAGCCCGUUGCAUCCCGCUCACAAAUUCAAAGAAAUAGCAAAGUCAUGACAAUCGUGCCGCCCAUGAGUGAUAAUACGAACAUCCUUGUGAAGGGGAAGUAA